AUGGAAACGGGGAGUUGGAUUUAUUCCCCCUCGAAUAUUGUAUACGCCGGCGUCUCGGAGCUCGUCGUCGCCGACUCGGUAGCACGAUUCGCGAUAGUCGUGCGGAAUGUCUCCGACCUUGUCCGCUUCUUCGAGUGCCAGCUCCCGCUCGUCCCAAAGCACAACAGAGCAACCGCCGUGCCAGACCUCAUCCUCCGCACCCUGAUCGAGUACCGGAACGCGAUCAACGAGAAAUUAGCGGCUGUCGCGCUUCCGCGCUCACUGGCGGACCAGUGCCCGACCCUCUGCCUGCAGCUCUGGAAGGAGCUGGACGCGGUCCCCUAUGUGAUUGCGCGAGAGCCGCACCAGCGAACACACGCGGACCAGGGCGAGCGGGCGACGUUUGCAGGGUGGGAGGAGAAGCAGAUUGACGAGCAGGCGGACUCGAUUGCCAGGAAGUGCAUUGGAUCCUUUGGCAUCGGCCAUGUCCCGCCGACUCAGCUGGAUCUGCACGGCAUGGUCGCAGUCGACAACGACUCGCGAGUGUGCUUUCUGAACGAGGCCGAAUAUCGCCGGACAGUCGGCGACCGCACAUGGACCCUGCUGCAGCAUUACGCGGGCGAUCUCCGCAAGCGGAAAGUCAAGGUCGCCUUCUUUAGUAGCACAGCCCACGGGAGGCCCGAUAUAUCGACGCAUCAUGCCCUCAUCCGCCUGGCGCAGUACCUGGGAGUUGAUUUCCAAUGGUACGUCCCACGCCCACGCCCCCAGCUCCUCGAGGUCAUCCGCAGAGUCCAGCGGAUCCUACACUGCGUUGAGACCCCCUCGCACCCGCUCACAACGGAUGAGGAGCUCCGCAUCCUUGAAUGGGUCUACAAGACCGCCAAGCGGUACUGGCUCAGCAAGCCCGGCGGCCCUCUGCUCCCACGGGUGGAAGGCGGAGCCGACGUGGUGGUGAUCAGCGAAGCGAUCUUGUCGUCACUGGCACUGAUCGCAAAGCAGUCGGAUCCGCGGCGGCCCGUCGUUUUUGAGAACCGGCUGCACGUCCACCACCACCGCUGCGCGCACGACAACGUCGUCUACGACGGCGACAACAACAACGACGAUGUCCGCAAAACCCCCGAGCAUCAGACGUUUGAGUUCCUUCGCGCACGGCUGCGCGAGGUCGAUCUGCUUGUUUCGCAGGAGCCCAAAGCGUUUUCGCCACGGCUCAUGCCGAUGAAACAGGUGGGAUACAUGCCAGUGGCGAUUGAUCAGCUCGAAGGACUGAAUAAGCCCCUACAUGACUGGGACGUUGCCUUCUACGGCCGCGAGUUGAAUGCGAUCUGCCGGAGUGCAGGCAAGCCCAUACUAGACUAA